AAAAAAACACUACUAAACUCAUUUUUAAGGCUUACCGUUAAGUGAUUGAAGUGAUCCAAUUGAAUAUCCUCACUGUCAAACCACUUUCCAUACCUCUUUGUGAAGCUACACUAAAACCCAGGAGUAGUUGAUCAUUGAUUGUCCAGACACUUUUUUUUUGUUCUCGCCUUAAUUUGUUAACGAUCUCUCUUUUUUUUUUUUUUUUGACCACUAGUUCCAGGAAUAUAUAGCAUAAUUUGAUCAAGAUGCAAACGAUAAAAUGUGUUGUUGUCGGUGAUGGUGCCGUUGGAAAAACCUGUUUGUUGAUUUCAUAUACUACGUCUAAAUUUCCAGCUGAUUAUGUUCCAACAGUUUUUGAUAAUUAUGCUGUUACGGUUAUGAUUGGAGAUGAGCCAUUUACUUUAGGAUUAUUUGAUACUGCUGGUCAAGAAGAUUAUGAUCGAUUAAGACCAUUAAGUUAUCCAUCGACCGAUGUAUUUUUAGUUUGUUUUUCGGUUAUUGCUCCAGCAUCAUUUGAAAAUGUUAAAGAAAAAUGGUUCCCCGAAGUUCAUCAUCAUUGUCCAGGAGUGCCAUGUUUAAUUGUUGGAACUCAAACCGAUUUAAGAAGUGAUGAUAUGAUUUUAACCAAAUUACAUAGACAAAAAUUGAAUCCAAUUUCAAAUGAUAUGGGAGAAAAAUUAGCAAAAGAAUUAAGAGCAGUUAAAUACGUUGAAUGUUCUGCAUUAACUCAAAGAGGGUUAAAAACCGUAUUCGAUGAAGCCAUUGUAGCUGCUUUAGAACCUCCAGUUAUUAAGAAAUCAAAAAAAUGUAAUAUUUUAUAA